UAGUCAUUUUGCAGUUAAUUCAUGUUGUGUAACAGGAAAUGGUUUACAUAUUCAGUUCUUCAAGUCACAUCCUGUUAAUGCUGUACAUUAUUCUAAACUUCGACCUAGACGCCUUGUUUACCAGACUGUACAUUCCCUUUGCAUGUUUUUGCGUGGAACACACGAAUCAGAUCCAGCUUGUCUCUCGCUCUCUGUCGUCUCUCCACCUCUUUUUCCAAAAGACUCCCACUGCGACACAAAAACAUGACACAGACCAGAGAUACUAUCUAAUCACACACUGGGAUGGUGGGUCAUUCUAGUUCUCUUGAACAAAGCUGUUUUCUGGUUUUGUUUUUUUCCCCCCGGAAAACGGCUAUUUUGGGGAACAUUUAUGUGAGAGAACUACACAUGGGAGGAGACCGGUGACAUUUAACCCGAGAUUACAACAAGAAGAAAGAGCGCGGUCUGUUUUCAAUCUACUGUGAGCGGAAGCACAUUGAUGCACUGAAGAGGUUUUGAAAGUUUCUGUGUCGGGCUGGGUUUGGGUGAGAGAUGAAAGGAAUAUCAAUGAGAAGGUGCUGCGAGUGUAACUGUGCACUCUCUCACUGGUACUAUGAACGAGAUGGACAGUAUUUCUGCAAAAAGGACUACUGGGCCCGCUUCGGAGAACGGUGUUGUGGAUGCUCAGAGAUCAUCACUACCGGUGUCAUUAUGGUGGCGGGAGAGCGCAAAUAUCACUCCGAAUGUUUCAUCUGUGAACAAUGCAGCACGUUCAUUGGAGAUGGGGAUUCAUACACUUUAGUGGACCAUUCCAAAUUAUACUGUGAGCACUGUUUUUAUCAUCGUGUAUCAGCGAGGCAUCCCGGGGCAGGAUGCUCCAGGCUUCCUCACACCGUGGCGUUGGUGUCAUUUCCUCCUUCAGCAGAAAGCAGGAAAGGUCUCUCGUUCAGCGCGGAUCAGUGCCCCGUCAACGGAAACACUCCCAUUAUCAAAGUAUCUCAGUUCGAUAAGUCAAAGACCAGCCCCGAAAUGAAGGAAAUGAUUCACGUUGGAGACACUGUUCUUGAAAUCAACGGAAUUUCCGUCCAAAACAUUCCACUGGAUGAGAUUGACUCGCUGAUCCAUGACCUCGAGCACUGCCUGAAACUUACUGUUGAGCACAACCCUGAUGACCUUCCAGGUCAGCAGGAUCAAACUAGUCUGUUGGACGAGGAAGCAGACCAACCAGGGAAAUUGGACUUCGUCCCGUCUCACAACCUCGGCACCCGCCAUCGCUCCAAACACGUUAUGCGCAGUUGCAGCAUUGAAAAAAGCCCAUGUUCACACGGCCACCUGCCGCUGCUCUCUCACAGAAGAAACAUUAACCGUUCCGAAUCGUUGCGUGUCGAUUCAGUUGACAAAACAGAGCGCAUUUUCCGUCCCUCAGACCUCAUAUACGGGGAGGUUCUUGGCAAGGGCUGCUUCGGACAAGCCAUCAAGGUGGUACAUCAGCAAACAGACGAGGUCAUGGUGAUGAAGGAACUUCUUCGUUACGAUGAAGAGACUCAGUCAACGUUUCUCAAGGAGGUAAAAGUGAUGCGCUGUCUGGAUCAUCCAAACGUCCUGAAGUUUAUUGGAGUUCUUUACAAAGACAAGAGAUUAAACUUCAUCUCGGAGUUCGUGCAAGGAGGAACUCUUAGGGAAACCAUACAGAAAAUGAGCAGUGAUCAUCCAUGGAAACUGAGAGUAAGCUAUGCAAAGGACAUUUCUGCAGGAAUGGCCUACCUGCAUUCCAUGAAUGUGAUCCAUCGAGAUCUGAACUCACACAACUGCCUUGUCAGAGAGAACGGUUCUGUCGUAGUGGCAGACUUCGGGUUGGCCCGACUCCUGAAAGAGGAAAAACCUCAGACAAAGUCAUCUUCUCCUGAGCAAGCAUCGAAAAUAAGUAAAUCACAUAGGAAAAAAAGGUAUACAAUAGUGGGGAACCCCUACUGGAUGGCACCUGAGAUGAUCCGAGGCAUUAGCUAUGAUGAACGUGUUGAUAUCUUCUCCUUUGGAAUCAUUCUCUGUGAGAUUAUUGGCAGAGUGUACGCUGAUCCAGACUAUCUCCCCCGCACUAUGGAAUUCGGACUAGGCGUCAAAGAAUUUCUAAAGAGCUACCAUCCUGCAGAAUGUCCGUCAGCCUUCUUUCCACUUGCAACUCUUUGCUGUGACACAGAAUCUGAAAAACGGCCCUCAUUUGUAAAGCUAGAAGAAUGGCUACAAAGCUUGCUGAUGCAUCUGGACAUCAGACUUCCUCUAAUGUCAGAACUGGAUAAGGUGCAGAAAGCUUUUUGGACAGCCCAUAACGAAUUUCAGCAUGAAAAUGGUUUCCAGUCUGGACAAAAAGAAACGCGAGUGUCGGAUCAGGAGUGAUGCUCAGGGUAUGAUUCGUUCCUGUGCUGGAGGAACCCGUGGAGAAGCCAAGAACAAAGCUGUGAAUGGACAAUUCGCUCAUGGAUGUGGUCAUUUCAGAACAAUCCUGUGGCCAUUUUUCAAAAAUACUUGUAGCAAUUGAAUUUAGCAUUAUUAAAGGAGCCUGUAGCCAUAGUGAUAUGGAACGUAGUAAGUGAACAAAUUUACCAAGUUGUCUAAGAAAUGCUGAUCAAGCUAAGGGAAAUACUGGAGAUUUUACAGAAUCUUUCUCUGGGUAUUGUAUUAAGUAAUUUAUAAAAAUGUGAAUUAUUGCAUAAAACCAGGUACAAACUGGCUGAUAUUGUACAGGUUUUACUUUAGUUUUUAAAGUUGGCUGAGAUCUACACAUAAUUUAUUUAUAUAAGCAAUGUGUAGUUAUUUCUACAGACACAGUAAGUUAAGUGCAGUAUUUUUUUUUUUACCUCUCCUAAACUUAUACAGUGGAUAAAUUUUUCUGAAAAUUUUCAGGAUGUAAAAAUAAAACCAGUUUUUUUUUUUUAAAUAUGCGCCU